AACAAAAGUGAAACUGUACUGACAUUCUCCGAAUCCAAAUGCAAGAUAGCGUGGUGGCUCUCGUGGAUUAGUCAAUCAUAAACCAAUCUUUGUUAACCUUUAGAACAUUUUCAAUAGGCUACAGAGUACAUUAUUUUGUUAUUAGGGAAAGGGCGCGGCAGAGUUAGUGGGCGUCCAGUGAUAAUAGGAAGAGAGCUGGCCCGAGCAGUAAGUAGUUUACUAAAUUGAGACGACAACUUUUUAGGAUGCGUCGCAGGUUUGAACGGCUGUGUCCAUUUUUCCUGGUUCCAGUUCUCUCCUACUUACCCUGGAGAUUGAUCGUGGAAAAUUGUUUUGCUUGGUUUUUGGAACGCACACGGAGAAGUAUCUUGCCAAAUGAUCCUGACAGUCCAGAAUCCUUUCCCAGUGAAGGAGUGUGGAGUCCAGAAUCCCUUCCCAGUGAAGGAGUGAGGAGUCCAGAAUCCUUUCCCAGUGAAAGUGUGGGGAGUCCAGAAUCCCUUCCCAGUGAAGGAGUGUGGAGUCCAGAAUCCCUUCCCAGUGAAGGAGUGUGGAGUCCAGAAUCCCUUCCCAGUGGAAGUGUGGGGAGUCCAGAAUCCCUUCCCAGUGGAAGUGUGGGGAGUCCAGAAUCCCUUCCCAGUGGAAGUGUGGGGAGUCCAGAAUCCCUUCCCAGUGGAAGUGUGGGGAGUCCAGAAUCCCUUCCCAGUGGAAGUGUGGGGAGUCCAGAAUCCUUUCCCAGUGGAAGUGUGGGGAGUCCAGAAUCCCAUUUUAGUGAAGAAGUGGAGAGUCCAGAAACCAUUCUCAGUGGAGAAGUGGAGCUUCGGGUUCUCAGGUCAGCUAGGUCAUAUGAUGUUGAAGACACGGAUGAGUACUACUGCGAGUACGACUCGACAUGGGAGGAUGCUCCAAACAAAGGAACCAGUCGUCAAAAGUCCCAACAUGAGUGGGCACACCAAUACACCGGUUGGUCGCAAAAAUCACACAGGUUUAACAGAUUCAAAAGUGCAGCAAAGGAUAUGCAAAAGUACAGGCAUGAUUAUCCAGAGCGUAGAUCAAACUUGUACUUCGGCGGGCAACAACAAGAUGAUAUGCCUAAUUUACAGUUCUACCGUGAACAAAUACCCUCUUCCCCUGAUGGUGUCUUCAUUGAGGACUUUCACAAUAAUUGGAACAGGCAAUAUUUAAAACUGGAAAGAGUUCACUCAUACAUCCAAUGGUUGUUCCCUCUUCAAGAACCAGGAAUGAAUAAUCAAGCCAAGGAACUCACCAUAAAGGAAAUUGAGGCUUUCCUUCAAGAUGAAACUGCGAAGAAGAGGCUGGUCAAGUCCUACAAGCUCAUGCUGGACUUCUACGGCAUACAGCUGUCAAAUGAAACAACAGGAAACGUGCGACGGGCAAAUAACUGGUAUAAGAGAUUUGACAACCUGAACAGAAACACACACAACAACCUGCGCAUCACCCGCAUCCUGAAGUGCCUGGGCACUCUGGGGUUCCCCCAUUACCAGGCCCCACUCGUCCGCUUCUUCCUGGAAGAAACUCUUGUCAAAGGCAACCUGAACAAUGUGAAGGAGAGCGUGCUCAACUACUUCAUCUUUGCUGUCAUUGAUAAGCAAAAGCGCAGGGAUCUAGUUGAGUAUGCCUACAAGCACUAUGAGCCCAAACAUGAGUUUGUGUGGUGCCCCAAGAAGAUCCAGAUGACUUUCUCAAAUGGAGAAGAAUUCUCAGAUAAUAAGCAAACAAUGGCAGGCCAUUACCAGCAUGGUAACUACUUAGAUGAAAGAGAUGUCAGUGACGACCUAUCCAUUCCUCGCAAUGCUAUUGUUAGCACAGCUGGUUCCAUUCGGGACCCUGUUCCAAGAUUGGUUUCCCCCAAAAAUGGUGAUUUGGCCCCUGAGCGUGCAUCAAUUAGGCAUUAUGAAGAUGUUCCAAAGUAUGUAGCUACUGGCUCUACAGGGCACUCACAUACUGCCCAAGGUAAUGUAAAGACUCGGUCCCCCACCAAAGAUGUUUUUAAUAAUCAGGGAAAUGAGAAAAUAGAGAGUGCACCCACUAAAGAUUCAGGAGGCAAGAACAAUUCAGUGAAAGAGCCACUUAAAGAGGUUUCACUGAGUCAGUUAAAGACUGAAUGCUCAGCAAUUGAGCAAUGUACUCAAGAGGUAUCCCAGAGCCCGGAUAAGAGCACUGAGGGUUCAGCCAUAGACCCAUGUCCUAAAGACCCAUCCCAGAGCCAGGUUCAGACCACUGAGGGUCCAGCCAUAGAGCUAUCUCCUCAUAAGGUACCCCGGAGCAAGGUUAAUAAAGCCAGAACCAGAGAUGCCCCAAAGAGCUGCCGUGCCAAAAAGCCUAGAAUUGGGGAAAUGACCAAAACAGUUUCGGAGAGCACCAGUAAAACGCCAAAUAAGAAUCCUCCUUCUACCAGAGAAAAGCAAUAGUAUCUGGACAUUAAACAGGUGUUUAAUGUAACAGUGGAGAUAUGAAUAAGAUGAGUGUAUUCAUCCAAAUAGGUAGAUUGUUUAGCAACCAGAACCAGAGGGCAUAAAAGAAAAGGGGAAGAUUUUGAUAUUUUAAUAAAGUAUAAUGAAAUUAUAAUUGACUUAUGUAUACUUAGUAUCAGUGGUGUAAAGUACUUAAGUAAAAAUACUUUAAAGUAAUACUUAAGUUGUUUUUUGGGGUAUCUGUACUUUAUUUUACAAUUUAUAUUUUUACUUCACUACAUUUUUACUCCACUACAUUCCUAAAGAAAAUAAUGUACUUUUUACUCCAUACAUUUUCUAUGACACCCAAAAGUACUCGUUACAUUUGGAAUGCUUAGCAGGACAGGAAAAUGGUCCAAUUCACGCACUUAUCAAGAGAACAUCCCUGGUCAUCCCUACUGCCUCUGACUCACUAAACACACAUGCUUGGUUUGUAAAUGAUGUCUGAGUGUUGGUGUGCCCCUGGCUAUCUGUAAAUGAUGUUGGAGUGUGCCCCUUGCUAUCUGUAAAUGAUGUUGGAGUGUGCCCCUUGCUAUCUGUAAAUGAUGUUGGAGUGUGCCCCUGGCUAUCUGUAAAUGAUGUCU